AUGAAAUAAGAGUCAUCAUAAUGUUUAGAGAUAUUGAGUUUGAUAAGAGGAUUAAGAGUGAAAGAUUUUGAUAUUUGUUACAAAUUAAAAGAAGAAAUAAUAUAUUAUAUAUAUUUAAUGUGGUUAACAAAAUCGUACUCAUUCAUAAAAACAAGAAUUGAUUAUCAUAUCAGGAAACCUCCUCAGAUAUAGGAAGGAUAACAAGAAAUAAUUCAAUAACCAAGUCCAAAUUUAAAGUGUAAAUAGAGAUCAGUAAGUGCUAAUAGUAAAAUGAAAAUCAACAUAAUAAAAGUAUAUGAGUAAUUGAAUGUUAGGAUUACUACAAGAUCUCAAAGGAUGAUUAGUACAUUUAUAAUACUAUUGAGAUAAAUGAUAUUACAUUCAUUGAAUAAGUGUCUAAGGAUAAUAAACUUCUAGAGAAGAAUGAUUGGUAAAUUAUCCUAAAAAAUAAAUCAUUCUCAGGAUAUAAGGUUUAAUAAAUACAUUAAUCAAUUGUGUUAUAGACAAUGGAAUAUGACAUGUAAACGAUAGAAUUAGUUGUAGACGAAGACAAUGGUGGAUUUUUGUCAGUAAUCAAGAAUAGAACAAGAAGGAACUAAAAAAUCAAAGUUAUUAAAAAUUGAAAAAGUCAGACACUCUACAUAAGAUUUAGAUUGAAAAGGAUGUUGUUAGAACUAUUAUUCAUGAUAUGUUUAAAUAAGUAUUAGUUUUAAUAUAGAAUAGUAUGAAAAUUAAUAAUCAUUAAGAAAUAUUUUAAUUGCAUAUGCGAAUUAUGAUAAAGAAUUAGGUUAUGUUUAAGGAUUGAAUAUCAUAGUAGCAAAUUUAUUAGUUUGUUAUGAUUUAAGUGUUAAUGAUUAAUAAUUAAAUGAUUUUGAAGUAAUGGAUGAGGAAAGAGAUGAAACAGUGUUCUUUAUUUUUUUAUAUAUAAUGAAGGAUCAAAAUUGGAGAGUAGUAUUUUUGGAAGGAUUAGAAGGUUUAAGACUUAAGAUAGAUGUGCUUGAAUAAAUGAUGAAAAAAAAGAUACCUGAAUUACAUAAACAUUUCUAUGAUGAAGGGAUUGUAAAGAUGAAUUUGUAUUUAGACUGAUUUUUUUCCUUUCUUUUCUCGAUU